AUGGUCUUAACAUCAGAGAGUUCGAAGCAGGUGGUGCUACUGGAACUGACAAUACCCUGGGAAGACCGGAUCGAGGUAGCCUAUGAGAGGAAGAAGGCUAAAUACCUGGAACUGGUGGAGGACUGCAGGCUUAAUGGGUGGAGGGCCCGCUGUGAGCCCAUUGAGGUUGGAUGCAGAGGAUUCCCGGGACAGAGCCUGCAUCGCGCACUCAGGCUCCUUGGAAUCAGGGGGGCUCAAGAGAGGAAAGCUACCAAGAACAUCUGUGAGGCAGCUGAGAAAGCCUCUAGGUGGCUUUGGAUCAAGAAGGGCGAUAAAUGGUUUUGUGCGCUGCUUGGACACAAGUCGGGGUCUGAUCAGCCCCGGCUGGGUCGCCCAGGUGAGGGUGUCUGA